GUUAAUACAAACCACCAUGGCUGCCCCAAGACCGACUUCAAAAUUGCCUCCAGGUGCCAAUCGUAUACUCUUCGUCAAAAACCUGAACUACCAGAUCACUGGGGAAGACUUGUACGACCUCUUUGGACGGUAUGGCAGCAUCAGGCAGAUACGCAUAGGGGAUGAGCAGAAGACAAAAGGAACCGCCUUUGUGGUAUUUGAUGAUGUUAUGGAUGCCAAAAAUGCUCUUGAACAUCUGAAUGGUUUCCAUCUGCAAGAGCGAUAUAUUGUUGUUUUGUAUCAUAUGCCAGCGAAGCAGGACGCCGCUGCUGCUAAAGCCGAUCUAGCCCGAAGAGAGGAAGAGCUAGCACAGUUGAAGAAGAAGCAUAAUAUUGUGGAUGAUUGAGCCCGUCUUGAACUUAUUGUUGCAAAUUCACGCUCACUCAUGUGCUCAGCUCGUGUAUAUUUAUCACAAUACGAUAAAUAUGUCGGGUGAUGUCGGUCUGUAUCACAUCCAUUCGAGAUGAUGUCCACAUACUCAGCCACGUAUACUACAUUUGGGGCACUUCUUGUCAAUCUGUGGUGCUGAACACAACGAAUUUCAGCAUAGAGUCGAUGC